AUGGCCGCCGACACGGUAUCAAACAUCACCAACAAGGUGCAGCGCGCGCCAUCAGUCGUAUCCUUCAUGACCAUCGGUCUUUUGCAAGGCCUAGCAAUAUCCAUUCUUCAGGGACUCGUUGUCUACAAUUGGAAUGAAUACCUUAAACCAACUGUUCUGCAGGUCCCGAGAGGGUACAUCAUACCAGCCAACUUGGCCAUUUUUAUUUUCGGGUUCAUGUUUCAGCUGAUCUUUAUGGCCGACGCCAUUCGUCUCAAGAGCACGUCCCAGGCUAUGCUUGCGUGUUUGCUCAACGCGGGUUUUCUGCCUUUGGCUGUCUAUCAGCGCAAGCAGAUUAGAGAGAGCAUUAAGUCCCUCGAAGGCUCUACUGAUUCAAAUGGUGAGAGCUUGGUUCAUCUGGACAAGCCUAUAUGGAAAGACAUUGGCGGCAUGCUAUCUGCCAUGCCGUUUAUUGUGGGAAUUUGCACCAUCUUUCUUGUUGUUACUGUUUGGUACCUCAAACAGCAUUUCGAUUGGCAAGCGUAUCGUAACGUUGGUGCGGAUGCCAGGCUGAGAAGAAUCCGAACGAUUCACUUGGUAGUUAUUUACUUCAUCAUCUGUUUCGAAGUCAUCUACGGCGUCACCCAGCUUCGAGGGAUGGGAAACGAGUUUAUUAUCCGCAUGGUGCUUCUAGGAGUGGCUGUUAUCAUGACCACCCUAUCGAUAGUAUGGAGCAAAUCCGAAAACCGCAUAGGCAUGGGAGCCUCGAUUGCCGUAUUCUUCGCCAGCAUCGGAUAUUUCAUAUUUGAGAUUGUCAAGAUACAGACUCACUGGAGUCGCUUUGGAGCCACUGGCGAUAUCAUGACUUGCUACGCUCUGAUGGCUGCUGUAUUUCUCUUCGCCACAGCCAUUUUUGGUAUUUUGUGCUUGAAGAACUUCUAUGGAGGUUUGAAGGAGCAUUUAGCGAAGCACGAAGAAGGUGGUCAAAUGGCUCCAUCAGUUAAGAACUUUGAGCUUGAUGCCAGAGCUAGCUUUACUUAUCAGGUCAUUUAUGAAGAAAGCGAUGUCGUUCCUCAGCGAGAUCUAUGA